CAGGAGCUGCGGCUGCCCGGGUCCUCCUGGCACACGCCUGUCUCCGGCCGGACAGUGAGGCGGGCGGCUGCUGCACGCGGCGGUGGAGGGCCUGGGCGCCCCGCGGGGAGGCUGGACAGCCCGGGCUUGGCCGAGGGUGCUGCUCCACCGCCGGCCGGCACCAUGGCAUCGCUGGCCGACCGGGUCCGGGGCAACGGGCGCAUCGCCGCCGGGCUCCUGUUCAACUUGCUGGUGUCCAUCUGCAUCGUGUUCCUCAACAAAUGGAUCUAUGUACACCACGGCUUCCCCAAUAUGAGCCUGACCCUGGUGCACUUCGUGGUCACCUGGCUGGGCUUAUACGUCUGCCAGAAACUGGACAUCUUUGCUCCCAAAAGUCUGCCUCUCUCCAAGCUCCUCCUCCUGGCCCUCAGCUUCUGUGGCUUUGUGGUCUUCACCAACCUUUCUCUGCAAAACAACACUAUAGGCACCUAUCAGCUGGCCAAGGCCAUGACCACGCCGGUGAUCAUAGCCAUCCAGACCUUCUGGUACCAAAAGAGCUUCUCCGUCAGAAUACAGCUCACGAUGAUCCCUAUAACUCUAGGUGUAAUCCUAAACUCUUACUACGACGUGAAGUUCCACGCCCUUGGCAUGGUGUUUGCUGCUCUUGGGGUGUUAGUCACGUCCCUUUAUCAAGUGUGGGUGGGCGCCAAGCAGCAUGAACUGCAGGUGAAUUCCAUGCAGCUGCUGUACUACCAGGCUCCCAUGUCUUCCGCCAUGCUGCUGGUGGCUGUGCCUUUCUUUGAGCCCGUGUUUGGAGAGGGAGGAAUAUUUGGUCCCUGGUCAGUUUCUGCUUUGCACCUGGCUGAUUGCUUCUUUGUCUCCUUAUCUGAACACCUCAGCUAUAACAUGUUCGGACACUUCAAGUUCUGCAUCACCCUGUGCGGAGGAUACGUUUUAUUUAAGGACCCGCUGUCGGUUAACCAGGGACUCGGCAUCUUAUGUACGCUGUUCGGCAUCCUCACCUAUACCCACCUUAAACUCAGCGAACAGGAAGGAAGUAAGAGUAAACUGGUCCAACGGCCCUGAGCUUUGGCGGAGAAAAGAAGGCUGUACCAAAAAGACGAGAAGUGUGUAACUCAGUGGAAAAGCAGCCGUGCAACGCUCCCCCAGUGACUUACAGGAGGAUUUUCUUCAAAAUGUGACGACUGGUAGUACUUUUCAUCGAUUUAAUUUUCUAAAACCAAAAUGGUUUGCGCUUCUCUUCAAAGACUUUCUGAAGCUGGAGCUGCCACUCAGCAGUACAGCGUUUGCCUCGCAUGCAGAAGACCCUGGGCUCAGACUCCGGCGCCUACAAAGAAUGACACAGACUGCGUGUAGGAUGGUCCAUUCUACCAACUGAAGUACAGGAAAGUUGGGUUCCUGUGCUGCAGACGUGCCCUGGCUCAUCUGUGCUUACAGAGGACUCCUGCCCGCUAACAUGGUUUUCCCACUGUGUGCAGCUCAGGAGGCUGAGCCCAGAGCCUUGUACUUGCCAGACAAACACCACCAUCGGAGACAUGGAGUCAGAAUUUAAAUUAAAAAGUGGUUUAUUUUCUUUAUCAUUUGGACAAUGAUAGUAGAUUUGAGGCAGGAUCUCAAAUGU